AGCACUCGGUCACCACCCCUCCCACCAAAACUUGACACUCAACUUAAAACUCCUCUCUAUUCUCUAUUCUCUAUUUCCAAGAUUUUCAGACAUCCUCCUCCAUCCACAGAAUACAGACCACUCUGCUCAAAUUUACCCACCGCUGCGUGAGGAUUUCUGCUCUCACACUCUAUUAGCAAGAAAAUGGUGAGGGAUUGCAUGGACUGCAGGAAGUGGGAAGAAGACAUGUACUGGUCGCGUUUUCAGACAGUUCAGUUCUGUCAGGUCCUCACCGGCAGAUUUGAUCAGCAACUUGCCAUCCCCAAAAAGUUUGCCAACAAUCUAAGAGAGAAGAUGGCAGGAUCAGUAGCAUUGAAAGGCCCAAGUGGGCAUGAAUGGAGUGUAGAACUGGUGACAAACGGAGAUAUAUUGCUUCUCAGACAUGGCUGGAAAGCAUUUGUUGAAGACCAUUCCCUAGAAGAAAAUGAUAUUUUAAUUUUCAAGUACAAUGGGAAUUCAAGAUUUGAGGUUUUGAUGUUUGAUCAAGAAAGCUUGUGCGAGAAAGCAACAUCUUAUUUUGUUAAGAAAUGUGAGCACACGGAAAGUGCACGUGGCAAUAAGCGAAGGAGAAGCUUGGAAGAAAGUUUUGAUGAAACCAAUCAAUCCUCGGAUGAUGUUGCUGAUGAUCAUAGAGCGAAAAAACCAAAGAGUGAUGCUGCACGAACACCACCUUCAAGAAUACAGCCUAGUCGAUCUACUUCAAGGAGUCGAAGGGGAAUAAAAAAAGGAAAGCGAGGGUCAAGAGGUGCAUACCCUUUGCAGCUAAAAUCUCGUAGACGGGAGGUAACCGAAGAAGAAAAGCAGAGAGCGCAACAAAUGGCUGUUGCCGUUUCAUCCGACAACAGUUUCAUUGUGGUUAUGCGGGCAUCACAUGUUUACAAGGGAUUCUUCAUGUCAAUUCCGGCUGAGUGGGCAAGGCUCCAUCUUCCCAACAAAAGCCAUGACAUAGAACUUCGCGUCAAAGAUAACAUAUGGAAGGCUAAAUACCACUAUAAAGGUUAUGGUGGUGGACUUACUGGUGGGUGGAAGAAUUGGAAGAGAAGAAUUUCGUCCUUGAAAAUUUCUUGGAAGAAUUUGAUGUUUGUUUAUUUGAUAUCGUAA